AUGGACUAUCGCUUUUUUUAUCUCACGUCUGGAGCCUCUGCUGCACCUGCUGCCAAUGCUGACAGUACUGUUCGCUCGCAGUGGACCACGCACGAUGCUGCUGCCCGUCUUGCUAUUCGCAGUCACCUACCGUCUGCUGAGCGUGCGCACUUUAGCCAGUACAAGACCGCUAGGACUCUGUACGACGCUGUUGUUGCGCGCUACUCCUCCCCUGCCACUGCUGCCCGUAGCCGUCUCAUGCUGCCGUACCUGUUCCCUGACCUAGCUGCGGACCACUUCCUGUCCCUUUGCCCCACCACGCUCACCGUUGACCUCCUCGAGGAGCGCCUCUUUGCAGCAGAGAAGAGUAUAGUCGCUGUAGGAGCCUCUCGUGGUGACCCUCGUGCCCCUUUCUUUGAGGGGUGCUCCCCCGUCCCUCUUUUGCCCUCUGUUGCCUCUGCUGCUGCUGUCGACCUCGUCGGCACCAAGUCGGUCGCCGCUGCGUCUGCUCCUAGUGGGAGGCGCCGCCACGGCAAGGGCAAGGGGGGCAAGGAUGCUGGAGGGGAUGGUGGGGGCGGCGGUGGUGGCGGUGGAGGCGGCAAAGGGGGUGGGGGUGGAGGUGGGGGUGGUGGCGGGAGUGGGGGCUUCGGUAGCGGUGGUGGAGGUGGAGGCGGCGGAGGUGCUCUCUGA